CAUUUCCUGCUCCCAUCACCUUAUCUUCUGCUCCCCUCCUCCACUAUAUCUCCUUUUAUCUCCUCCUUUUCAUCCCCUCCAUCCACCUCAAUUGCAUCAUCUCCACCCCCUUCAUUAUUAAUUCCCCCGUCUCAUCCCCUACUCGCCUCCCGCCCACUGGCCCGCAUGUCGUCCUCCUCGAGCUCGAGAUCCGGGUCUCGUCCUCCACCACAAUCCUCCACCAAAAACAGCUCCAUCAACUCGCUACACCAAUCCGCCGCCUCUUAUUUCUCCUACCCCGUCACCCACGUCGUCUCCGGUCUCUACCGCCGUCUCACCGACCCCCCCAACAACACCAACACCAACACCAACAACAACAACACCACCAUGCGCCGCCAGACCGACCAAGUCUUCACGCCCGUCCGCACCGCCUCUCCCUUCCAACCUCCCCCUCUCACCCCUCUCACCCUCUCCGACCCCUCCACACUUCUCACCCGUUCCCUGGCUGAAGAAAUCCGCCUCCUCGUGCCCCCGCGCCUCCAACUCAUCAACAACUGGCAUCUAGCCUACAGUCUCGACCGCGACGGCGCCUCCCUCUCCACUCUGUACGACCACUGCCGCGACAUAUCCUCCCGCAGCCCUCGCGCCGGCUACGUCCUCGUCAUCCGCGAUGCCUCGCCCUCCUCCACCGCCGUCUUCGGCGCCUACAUGACCGAUCCCCCGCACCCCGACUCCCACUACUACGGCACCGGUGAAUGCUUCCUCUGGCGAGCGAGCGUCCUCCCGCCCGCGACCGCCAUGCUGAACUUCGCCUCGGAUCUGGAUGGUGCGGGCGCAGGCGCAGAGGCGUUGGAAAAGGCCGGGUUCCCGUUGCCGCCGUCCGCGGAUACGACGAAUGCGGGCCGGUCAACGACGCUGCGGACAGGCGGAGGCGAUAAGUGGCUGUCUCCGAGCACGGCAACGGGGUCGGGCACGGCGAGUGGAAGGACAAGUGGGACGGUUACCCCGGAGCAGAUUCGUUUCAAGGCGUUUCCGUAUAGCGGGGUGAAUGAUUACAUGAUUUUUUGUGAGACGGGGUUUUUGAGCUUGGGUGGAGGUGACGGACACUACGGACUAUGGGUUGAUUCCAGUCUCGAAAAAGGCGUCAGCGCGGCCUGCCAGACAUUCGGGAACGAGCCGCUCUCAGACGAAGGUGUCAAGUUCGAUAUCAUUGGCGUCGAAGUGUGGUAUGUCGGCUCUUGAGUACCACACGGUAUUGGUAUGUGAUGGGGUGGGGUUGCUAUACUUCGGACUUCGCAGGGAAAAUGCAUCGAAGGAUAGAGCUCAAGGAGCGUGACUACUAUCUGCGGGCAGAUUGGUCAAUAAUGUCAGAUUGCUUGGUGCUCGUUGGACAUGGAUGAGCAGAGCAGCUCUCCCCCGACAGGGGCAUGCCAUGGGCUGCCUACCCGGUGGCUACGAAAGACUGACGGCAGCGCUGGCGAUAGGUACAGGAUACCCAGGUCGAGUCUAAUUGCAUAUAGGUGCCCAGCGGGCCCCGAAUAUGAAUAUCAUCCAUC